AGAAGGCAUGACUAGUCGCUGUGCGCGGCAGAGCGUGCGGUCGAACCCGGAUCACUCGAUGUGUUCCACGGCGCGUGCACAUGCAGCGUCAUUCUGCUCUGAUGUUUGAAUGAAAGCCGGUGAAAGCGGUUCGCACGCGCCCACGUUUCAACCGGAUUUUCUGACACGGAAGAGGGACACGCCAUGCCUGUAUUCACCGUGAAUGUGAAGUGGGGGAAGGAGAAGUUCGAGGCGGUGGAGCUCAACACUGAGGAGCCACCAAUGGUGUUUAAAGCCCAGCUGUUUGCUCUGACUGGGGUUCAGCCGGACCGGCAGAAGGUCAUGGUCAAAGGAGGAACGCUGAAGGACGAAGAGUGGGGAAACAUCAAGAUCAAAAACGGAAUGUUGAUCCUGAUGAUGGGAUCGGCAGAGGCGCUGCCCGAGGAACCAUCCGUUCGACCGAUGUUUGUGGAGGACAUGACCGAGGAGCAGCUUGCUUCAGCCAUGGAGUUACCAUGUGGACUGACGAAUCUGGGGAACACGUGCUACAUGAACGCCACGGUGCAGUGCCUCCGCUCAGUGCCUGAACUCAGAACUGCUCUGAAGAAGUAUUCUGGUGCAUUGAGAUCCUCUGGAGAGAAUGCUCCAUCUCAGUACAUCACAGCAGCACUGCGGGAUCUGUACGAGUCCAUGGAUAAAACUUCCUCCAGUAUUCCCCCCAUCAUCCUACUGCAAUUCCUGCACAUGGCCUUCCCUCAGUUUGCCGAGAAAGGAGAUCAGGGACAGUACCUACAGCAGGAUGCCAAUGAGUGCUGGGGCCAGUUGAUGCGGGUUCUCCAGCAGAAAUUAGAACCUCAAGAACCUGAAACCCCCAUGGAGACAGGUGACAGCGGUGAUGGCGGAGCUGCAGCUUCAUCUGCAAAGAAGAACUUCAUUGACCAGUUUUUUGGGGUGGAGUUUAACACUACAAUGAAGUGCACGGAGUCUGAGGACGAGGAACCCACCAAAGGUACAGAGAGCCAGCUGCAGCUUAGCUGCUUCAUCAACCAGGAGGUCAAAUAUCUGGCAACCGGCAUUAGAUUGCGACUGCAAGAGGAAAUAACGAAGUUUUCUCCGUCUCUACAGAGAGAUGCUUUCUAUUCAAAAUCGUCUAAAAUUAGUCGUCUCCCGGCGUACCUCACUGUUCAGAUGGUUCGCUUCUUCUACAAAGAGAAGGAGUCUGUUAACGCCAAAGUCCUGAAGGAUGUGAAGUUCCCCCUCAUGCUGGACGUGUACGAGCUGUGCACUGCUGAGCUGCAGGAAAAAAUGGUGUCUGUGAGGUCCAGGUUCAAGGACAUGGAGGACAAAAAGCUGGAGAAACAGCAGCAGAAGCUCAACGAGAAGGUCGAGGCUCCAAAAGAAGUGAAAUACGAAGCCUUUUCAUUUCCUGACGAUCUGGGUUCCAAUAACAGCGGUUACUACGAGCUGCAGGCUGUUCUGACGCAUCAGGGCCGCUCGAGCUCCUCUGGCCAUUAUGUCGCCUGGGUCAAGAGGAAAGAAGACGAGUGGGUGAAGUUUGAUGACGAUAAGGUGAGCGUGGUCACACCUGAGGACAUUCUGAAGCUGUCAGGAGGUGGAGACUGGCACAUCGCCUACGUGCUGAUUUAUGGGCCGCGGCGUCUCGAAGUCAUGGAAGAACAGAAACAAUAACACACACACACGAUCACACGUUCUUUACCGCCAUCUCCGAGCACCGUCUACGUAAGAUGUGCAAUAAACCCUGGUGUCUUUCAAACCCCACCUCACAUCGUCAGCGUGGUCUCUGUGCAGGAACCGCCUCCAACUCCGCCUCUGGGGCAGCUGUGAUGCGUAUCCGCGUUACGUUUUUGGAUUUUUUUGUCUCUUGUUUUGUAAUUUCAUAAUCUGCAGCUUUGAGGAAAUCAUUCAGUGUAAUCUUGGGCUGAUGGAAGGAAGUGAUGAAAUUUAGAAAGGUUAUGACUUCCUGAACAUUUUUUUUUUAUAUAUAUAUAUAUAUAUAUAUAUAUAUAUAUAUAUAUAUAUAUACACACCUACUUUUUUUUCCCAAAAAGUGAAAUUUUUUUUAUAUCCUUCCAAGACGUCAAUAAAUCAUGAUACAAUUUUGACCCUGUACAAAAACUAAUUCACGCAACACUGUAAAGGUCAUGGCCUCACGUUGGCCACGUUUCCUUCGUAGCUAGUAAACCAGGGCUACUGGUUUUUAAGUUUAUCCAACAACCAUCUGGCUAAUACGAGCACUCUGUUAAUUCAGAGAUGAUGAUUAAACACAGAAUAUGAAGUACAGCCGUGGUGGUUGAUCAAAUAUGACUAGUCGUGUGUUGUUCUGAUAGCUAACUAAGCAUAAGGCUAGAUAUGGAAUUAUUUGUGCCACUAAUGUCAUUUCCUAAAGAUGAAUGUGUUUUGUAGGUAAAAUGGUAGCUUCAUCAACCACACAUCUUUAAUAAUUAAAAAAAGGUUUGCGUAUUCGAGCAAGCUCGUCACUGAACCAAGAAUUUGAACUUAGACUAACGCUACGUUCACACUGCAAGGCUUAAUGCUCAAUUCCGAUUUUUUUGUGAGGUCGUUCACAUUAACAAAUAUAUGCGACUUGUAUGUGAUCCUCAGUAUGAACGAAAAGCGACCUAAAAGUGUUCCGCAUGCGCACUGCAGGAUACGACGACGUCACACGCAGCGAGCAUGGCCAGUGUUUACGGAAGUAAAACCGCCCGGUUGCGGUAUGACCCAUCCAAUCUAGCUUGAAUAGCUGCAUCCCCCCAAAUGGAAAUCAGCUCCCUAACCUCUGCGUCCUUCCAUUGAGAAGAUUCAGAACCUUCACAGCCCGAAGCGUCCCUCGCAUUGAUGUCAUGCGCAGGGGCGCAGAUACGUUUUUUUGAACUGGGGGGGACAAAAAACUGGGGGGGGACAAAGCUGCCAGCAAAUCAACCCCAACCCCGAUAUGCCUGUCAAACUUGUUGUUAGUAACCAUAGCAACCAAGCUCGAGCUCGCAACCUGUGCAGUCUGCGCAGCUCAACCAACCGAAUAUCAGUCUUUGUUUUAUGUGAGUUGUUGCAACUAUGUAUACACUGCUGUGCACCUCAAUAAACCGAAUGGUAAUUAGUCUUUUGAUUUUUCCGUGAGGUUUGCCUUUUGCAAAGAAAGACAGCAUAGACGUUUUUUCCUCCCUAUAAGUGGGGGGGACCGAACGAGGUGAAUUUAAAUCUGGGUGGGAUGAGUCCCCCCCUCUAUCUGCGCCUGUGAUUAUGCGCCAUGUUGUUGUAGCUUUUUUUGAGAGACCCGCCGCCUACUUCAGCGCAGAAUAGUGACGUUUGUGGCUUGUUGAUGACGUGUAAGUCGGAUGAAUGCGACCUGGCGGUUCAGACUGAAGUCGCAUAUGAAAAGAGCGGAUAGGAAUCGGAAUUAGGACCACAUAUCCAAACGGCCUGGGUCGGAUUUGAAAAAAUCGGAUCUGUGUCGUUCAUAUUGUCAAUAAAAGAUCGGAUACAGGUCACAUAUGGGCGAAAAGAUCGGAUUUGAGUCACUUCAGCCUGCAGUGUGAACGUAGCCUCAAGUGUGAGGUCAGAUUUGCGUAGAAAACUGUUAAAAUUCAAAAGCUAGUGGCACAAAUGUCAUUCCAUGUUAGCUUGAGUUUGGUUGUUACGUUUCAACCACUAGAGUCGGAGUGCCUGACCCUGCGACCAGUAUUAACAUCCCAUAGCCCAAGUAUAAUUAGGAGCAGGUUUGUGGUGGUGAUGAUUACUAAAAUUUGUAUCACAGUUUGGACUAAUCCAAGUCACGUGUCUGUCUGGAAAAGCAGACUCACUUGGGGACGGACUAUAAAUCACAGGACAAACCGAACUAAAGACUUCACACUAGUCAGCUGAUUUACAUUUAGCCACACCUACAAAAGUUAUUGAAUGAUGGGUGUGCUAUUACUUUUGUCCUGAUCGAACAUCUCAACUUUUCCUUGCGUUAUAUAAAUUUACAGGAGCCAAACUCGUACCUCUGACUGAACUGGAUUUCUUGUAAAUUCUUUCGUUUGAUUUAUCAAGACGCCUUGAGCAUUUCAACCGCAAUUAAACGUGCGCUUCGACUGUUUUGGGGAAACUGUAUAAAAUGUGCUAAAGGUGGUGGCGCUAAUCUCACGUAUCAGAUGAUCAAACUGUUUUAAAAGUUAUGGACUGAGUUUUCAUGUGCUCUUGAUGUAACGAUGCGACUCUCAUCAGCUCAUCCACCUGUCAUUGGUCCAUUCGUUCCGACUGUGCCUGCACCGAAACGAACAUUUCUUUGUUUAACUUAUUGACUGCUGGCUUUUCGUAAAAACCUCUGUGAUCCAACCACAAUAAAAUGCUGCCGAUGGUAUUGAACUGCACUCCAGUAA